GGGGAAAAAAAAAAAAUAAAAAUUAAAACUCAUCAUCCGUCGCCUCUCGCCCGCAGUCCCCGGAGGUGAGGGUCCUUCCGGUCGGUGGGUUUUGCUGUGGUGCCAGGAGCGGCCGGUCUCCCCGUCACCCUCCGCUUCGCGGGGCCACCCGCGCCAUGACUCGGCCUCUCGGCGUGGGCGUGCCGUCGCCGGGCCCGCCCGUCAUCGGGUCCCGCCGCCAUUUUACGCCGUCGUCCGCGGCCAGAGCGAUGUCUCAAGGUUUCAGAAACCAGACCAUUACAGAGUUCUUCAAACCAGUUUUAAACCAAGACCCUGGCCAUAAAGACAGAACUGUGCUGUGCUCACCAGACAGAGGAAAUGUAAAAGAUGCAGGAAUUGGACUGUCAGUUUUAUGUGCUGAACGUUUUGAAAAGAAAAUAUAUUCUCCAAAGAAGUUCAGAAGAAAAAAGAUGCCAGACCAAACAGCCAACACAAGUUCUGUAGUAGAUGCCUUUCGGAGAGGAAUUAAAGAGAAAAAGGACAGUGUAAACAUUUUAGAGAAUGGCAGAGUGUGCACGGCACUGGGUUCAGUGUACCCAACAGUUGUGAUUGAAAACCUCCUUAUUACUGCAGGGUCUCGCAGCGGCUUCUUGACCAAAAAGAAUAAAACUGCCAAGCCGGAACAGGGGAGGAAUGAGAAGUGUCUGGGUGUAACAAGAGCACCAUUGUCUUGUGGAAAUAGUUGGGAACAGAAAACUGACUGUAUGGAUCUAGAAAACUCUAGUUCAGACUCUGACAAAUGGGUUUCCUUAUCACAAGCCGAUACUAGAAGUAAUCGCACUGUGAACAGCACACCUCAGUGCCAAACCCCAGGUCUUCCCUUGCAAUUGCCCAGUACUCCAACUGAGCCUGAACUUAGGUCAUCACAGGAAGCUCUCAGCAGAGAAAGGAAGAGAAAAAAACAUAGAAUGAAACAAUCCAAGACACAUCCUGUAAAGCCAUUCUCAGGAGCAAGUGUAUCACGUCAGGGAAAUGGAUGUCCUUUAAGAAAAAUACCACGUUCUGGUUCAAGGGAGACUGCCUCAGAUGACCCAUCUCUACCAAAGCAGGUUUCAAAACAUGAAGCAUCUUCUCCAGAUGCACUGAGAAUGUCAUCUGAGAUGACCACCAGUAUGAGGAAGUGCCAGCCUGUUCCUUCACACUGCCUUAGAUCUAAGAUGUCUUCUGGGCGAUCCAAACAAAUAGGCUUUUCUGGGAAAAGAAAACAUACUGCUGUGAGUGUGGAUGCAAACAAUUCAGAUCAGUCUGAAGUAUCAAGCUUGAAUGACUCUGCUUUUAAUAGAUCAUCUGCAAAAUGCAAAAAUAGGAGGCCUGACUUUGUAAAAAAUAUCCUUUUAAAGUCUACUUGUGGUGAUGUUCUGCAACUAAUGGAGGCUACUGCUCUAACUAGACAUGAUGCUACUCUUCCAGAGGAAUACCUCAACUCAAGUGAUGAAAAUGAGAAAAAUAAUUGCUCCUCUGUAGGUCCUGGUGAAAAUAACCACAUUUCUGUUGUGGAUACCAAAGAGAAUCAAUUGCAGGUGGCUAACUCAUGCUUUUUCUUGGAAAAGUCUGUUCCUUCUUCUCAGGAAAAAAGUACUGUGUUGCCUUCUCUCCACAACUUAACACAAACAAAAGGUGUGAAAUCUCAUCUACAGAAUACUGACUUAUCUCAGGUAUUGGAUGCUAAGAAAGAGCAAGAUGGGAAAAGAUCAGAAAGACAUGUACACUGUAAAGCUUACGGUAUUCAAUCCAGCAACAAUUUUUCAAAAACAAAAGACAAGACUUCAGAAAAUGAAUCUGAUUCUUGUUCAGUGGAAGGUUCUGGGAAACUCACCCUCUCAGAAGAGCCUGGUAAAAGUGUUCCCUGUUCGUUGACUUUUAAAACAGGGUACGUAAACAGAGACCAUAUGUCUUCACAACUGUCAGGAGAGUUAAAAGUUGAAAGCACCUCUACAGACAAGUCCAAGCUGAAUGGAAAAUCAGAAAGCAGCAUUGAUGGUGAAGAUGAGCAUUUGGAAUGCAGUCUAGAUGAUGAUGAUGAUGAAGAUGAAGUAGUAUUCAUACCACUGCAAGAAAUGCUCUCUUCAAUUUCCAAGCCACUGGCAGGAACCCUGGAAGAAUAUUGUCCUGAGAGUUUUUCUCAGGACACUGUGUCUCCAUUACUGAAGCUUCAUCUUUCUAAGCCUCCUGUUGUUAGCCAGGUGUCAUAUGUGAACAGCUUAGAACAUCUCUUGAAGGAGAAAGAAGAAUCUAAAAGGGUAGAUGAACUAGAAAAGCAGUUACAGGAAGACAUACAAGGAAGAACAACUAUUUCUUCAGAUGGAGAAGAUGAGAAUGCUAGUAGAGAUGAAGAUCUCUCAGAGGAACACAGGGCAUUUAUAAAGAAAUUUUCAGUAGUAGCUCAUGCCAUACCUGACUGCUACCCUGGAGAAGAUAUAUUUGAUUUAUCAACCUCUGGGAAAAUAUUUAAUCAGUGUGACCUUGACUUGAGGAAUUUUCACUUCAUCCCUCAAAAUCCUGUAGAAAAGCUUCUUCUUAGUUGUGGUGUAACACAGCAGCUUUCUUUAGUUAUUACUGGUUUUCUAAGUUCUGCUUACAGUUGUAUCUUGUGUCCCAUACCAAUUCUAAAGUGGCUUUUCCAGAUGAUGUCUGUUCAUCCUGACUAUUGUGUUUCCACUCAGAUUUUAGACAGGUUGAUGGAGAUAACACUAAGAAAUGCUUCCAUCAAUGACGAGCAGUCAAAACCAUGGAUUCCUUCACUAGCUGAUGUGUCGACUGUUUUUGUCAAUAUGGGUAUUGCAUUUAGAUCUCUCUUUCCAUUGCAGCAUCUUCAGCCCAACUUUAAGGAGUGUGAUAUUUUAAGUCAGAUGCAAGAAACAGUGAAUAAACAGCCAAGAGGAGACCUAACUUCUGCCGGUUCAGCCUUCUGCAUUCUACCAGAAAACAAUUUAAUUAAUGUGAUUAAGUUUCUAGGUUUCUGUACAACAGUAAUUCAAGGUGGAUAUACUGAUCAAGAAAUAUUGCUGCUGCUUCUAUUGCUGUUUAAAAUAAGCUUGGAGAAACAGUUAAAGCAAAUUCCUUUGACAGAUUUUCAAUGCCUUUCCAUAAAGCUUCUGAUAAGUAUAAAGGACUGGGAUACAAAGAUGCCUGAGCUCUGCCUGGCAGUGAGUGAACUCUCCAGUCAUCACCAUAAUCUCCUGUGGCUAGUUCAGCUGGUGCCUAGCUGGACAAUACGUGGAAGGGAAGUAAGAAGACGUCUUAGCCUAGUGAUCAUUUCAAAGCUUCUUAAUAAAAAGCAUAUAGAAAUACCUGACGACAGUGACAAACAGAUGUCUCUUCUGUAUCAGUUCCUGGUGUACAUGAAACCUUCUAAUCUGCUGAAGAAGAUGAGAGAAGGACUGGAGCAGCAGAACGACAAUGGAAACCACCUUCAUGCAGAACUAGAACAGGAGGCAUACUACCUAAUCUACAUCCUUCUCCAUUUAGUCAGUGAAGCUAGUUUCUUUGAUGUUGUAGAUUCUAAUCAAAGGCAACACUUACUGAAGCUUUGUGCUGCCUUAGAUAAGCACAUAAAAUGUGACAUUAGGGAGGAUGCAAGACUCUUUUAUCGAUCUAAGGUAAAAGAUUUAGUUGCUAGGAUAUAUGGCAAAUGGCAAGAUAUGAUACAAACCACUCGGCUUACUCAGGGAAAACUGCAUGACUUCUGGGAGCCAGAUUCAUGAAAUCUUGCUUAGUUCAGGGAUAACCAGAAAAACUCUGAAACCAAGGAAGAUAUAGAAUGAAUGGAGCUCCACCUGGGUCGGAAAAGAAGAAAUCAGUCACCUGAGUUAGAACUUGAGCUGGAUUCAGGCAAAUAAUAUAAAUACAAGGUUCUAAUUUGAUUGACAUUGCUUUUACUACAAAUAUACUACUUCUGAAAAAUUGAAAUGAGUAAAAUAAAAAAAAGCCCAGCUAUUUCUGUAGCUCUCUCUGAAUUGGCUAGAAAAAUUUUAUCAUAUUGAAAGCUUAAGGAAGUUUUCUCGUUUUCAUUGUUAAUCAAAAGACAUAUUUGAACACUAUGUAUGAGUUUUCUCGCCAGCACACACCUGCAAGCAUUGUUUUAGGAUGGCUGGGAAAGAACUUCCUUGUGACAUGGAAUGUGAGUUUAGACAGUUAGACCUCCCCUAUUGUGAGGUGAGGAAGUGGUUCAGAAGUGGGCUGAAUAACAGAAUUGCCUGCACAUGUUAAUCUGCAAAGCAGAAUCAAUAUGACUAUCCAAUGUCUCAAAAAAUACAAAAUACAGAAGUUGCAUGUGAACAAGUGACUGCCCUCAUCUUCACUCGAAGGUGGAAAUGGAGCUUAAGAAUGGUUGUGCCCAAACAGGUUAAGUGGAUGCUUCUUUGCUCUGUGAUUGUUUUAUCAAAUAAAAAAAUGGAAUUUGUUAUUACAGUGAUGCAUUCAUUUUAACUUCCUAAUUUUUCAGGCAUUAAUUUAUUUAUGCAGUGAAUGUGACUGUACAGGAAGUGUUUUUAUAAGAUCAAGUUAUAAAUGAGAUCUUAUUACACCAGUAGUAUUGUUGUAUUGCUCUUUAAGAAACAAACGUAUUUGUGUUUAUCUGGCUUCAGCACUUUCUCUAAAUGGAGAAAAUACUAAUCUUAAAGUCUCAGCUCAAGGGAGAUUUGAGGAGAUGAGCAUUUGGCCCACCUAUGUGAAAACUGUGAAGGACAUAGGAAGUCUGAAUUCCUUCAUGUGAAGUCCUGCCACACGCACGAAAUGUGCACAAAGCUCCAGGAGCUGUUUGUGAAAUAAUCAAAGGAAGAUGUGAUCUCCUUUUGUGCUCUUGGUGCAGAUGCCAUCAUUUAAAUCUUACACUGUGGUUUGUCUGUAGGAUGUGUGUAUAUAUAUGAAGAGAAAGUUAAGGUAUUUGGUAUAGAAGCACCGACUGGGAUUCCCAUAACAAGUGAGGUUUUUAAUAAUAUCAACGUGUGUUUUAUAGUACUGUUUCCUUUUAAAUUUUGUAGAUUACUCUGUCCUGUCUUGUAUGAUAAAUUUUCUACAACUUUCCAAGAUCCAAAUGUAAAAUAAGGCUAAAAAAAAAAAAGCACCACCUUGAAAUUUUAGGUAUGCUUAUUACCUAUAAAGGAACUGCUCUAGAAUAGGCACGUGUCUUAUAGGGAUGGUAUGUUAUUUGCAAGUUCAUAUUAAAUAUUUUGUCUUUCAUUUCAAACGUUAGAGAAUUAGCCUAAGACUGCAGCAUCUCUGUGCCCUUCACAGCUUAAUCAUCUUAUCUUUGUUCAAACAAAAGUCAUGCUUGUGGCAUUGUUUGAGGGGAAAGAGGGGGGAGAAAAUCCCCUUUUUUAAAUCUCAACAUGUUAUUUAAAAAUUGGAAGAAUCUACCUCAAAGGGUAUCUCUGGCAAUAGAACUGCUUUAGGCUAAAAAAAAAAAAAAAAAAAUUACAUGGUGUUAGAUAUGUAUGACAACACCAUCCUUUGCUCUGUGUGUCUUUGACAGUGUGUCAGCCUUCCUUCUGGUAGCAGUUGCUUCCUCUGUUGAAUAUAUUGUAUGUAAUUUUAUUAAUGUUUACGUUUUUUUUUCUCACUAAUGUUGUAUAAAGUUUUUUAAAAAUUGCAGAACAUGUUUACUGUAUGUGAUGUGUAUAUAUUUUCUUACCGUGUAAAGCUGAAGUUGCUGUCCUGUAUAUUUUGGAGAAGGGGAAAGGUUUAGAUUAACAGCUUUUGUACUGCAGUUCAAAGCACAUUGAAACUGCUGAGGUUUCUUUCCAGAUGAAAUAACCACUUUGAUAUUUACUUCUACUUAAUAGAACAAUGAAAAAAUAAAAUCAGACAUGCUUUUCUAAUUAACUGUCCCUGGAAAAUAAUGGGCAUGCCUCAGCCCACAAAAAAAUGGCUGCAGGUCCUAUUUUGGUUUUACGGCAUACGUUGUAAUUCUUGUGUUCACAGCUGAUUAGCUUACUAUAAAUGGAGAAAGUCUUCAAAUCGUUCUUAGCUCAGCCAGUCCUGUGUUUUCAUGCCUAAUGCCUGUUGUAUACAUUCUGGCAUUUUCCGUCUCCCCCUCCUGCUUUGUCUGGAGUUUUCUUCCAUCUGUUUUGUAGCCGAGUAGUAAUUCCCCAGUUGCUGAAGUCUAGACGUGGGUUGAAUUGGAGCUCAUCAGUGUCCCUACCGAGACGAUAGCAAAGCAUUGCUGCAGAGUCUUUGCAAGGGAUUGCUGAGCGGAGCACUGCUUCAGGACUCCUGGAAAGGAAAUAGCAAACCUGCUGCCAUUGUGUUUUGCCGACUCAUUUACUGGCCCCCAGCCAGAAGUUACAUGCAUUGGAAAGGCUGUUUGCACAGUAAAUGUCUUAACUGCUUUCAUUGUCUUCAGAUAAGCAUUUUGCACUGACGUUUAUCUUUUGAUACUAUGAUGGCUGUAUUAAUAGCCAUGUUAUCUCAUUUCAUGUGAAAUUAGUUGCACUUUAUUGCAGUAAUAGACAAAAAAAUUAAAGGUUGACUAUAAAAUAUA